UUUGUAGUAAAUAAUCUGAUAACUUGCUCCUUCCCAAAGGAGCAGAAACCAAAAAAAAAAAAAAAUAAAUAAUCUGAUACCGUCUUAGUACUUUUAUAAAAGACUUCUCAUAGUCAUAUAUCUGAAAUAAUAAACAAAUAUGCUAAUAAGAAAAAAUGUGAUGUGAAUAAUAAGUAAAUUUUAUGCAUGCUUUGUCGCAUGUGUUUAACUUGAUUUUUUUUUUACUAUUAUUUGUAUGACCAGUUCAUGACAUUAUGAAAAUAAUAAACUUUGAUAUUUUCUUGUGGCGGCUUAAACGAGUCAGUAAAAUUGCUAUUAAUAAUGUCACUUGUUUUAACAUGUCAUCGAGUGCUCUACCUUAUACCGCUUGUAAUGACUAUAGUACAUCUUGUACAAAUAUUGCACAAGAUUUGACCCUCGGCAAUCAGCAGUCCACGUUAAAUAAUGUCAUAGUUAAAUAUAGUUCAGGAAUACAGAACAACUUUCUGUAUAUGUCUCAUCCUCAAAUUGCUUCCCAUAUAAAUUUAUAUAAUGGAAAGAAACACAUUGGGUAUAAACCUUAUCGCAGUGGUCAGUAUCAUAACAGUAUUAGACAUCUUUCAAGUGCUGGCAUCCAGUCUGUUGCUGAAACUCAACUUCCGAUGCAAUUUAAUGGAAUAUUCAAAGCAAUAUCAGAGAGCGCACCUAUUAAAGUCGCACAAGAUUCAUUACUGUUUGUGCAUGAUUAUACAGGCUUGCCAUGGUGGUCGGUCAUUAUACUUACCACUAUUAUGAUGAGAACAACAGUGACGUUACCAUUAUCCUUCUAUCAGCUAUACAUAUUUGCAAAAUUGGAAAGUCUCAAGAAUGAAAUGGAUGAGAUAACUAAAGAGAUGAAGAAAGAGAUAAAUUAUGGAACACAUAAAUAUAAUUGGUCUAAAAAAUAUGCUACAGCCUUGUACAAUAUCUCUGUAAAGAAACAAUGGAAUAAAUUAAUUGUUCGGGAAAAUUGCCAUCCAGCUAAAGCUAGUCUAUUGGUACUGGUACAAGUACCUUUGUGGAUAUCAUUGUCAAUGUCUAUUAGAAAUUUAUGCUAUAUGUUACCUAAACAGGAUGCCAGUGCUUAUACCACUUAUCAGGAGUUUACAACUGACGGAUUUCUUUGGAUAUCUAAUUUAACUGUAGCAGAUCCUUUUGUACUUCCUAUAGCAAUGGGAUUAUUUAAUUUAGCCAUUAUAGAAAUAACUUGUAUGAGUAGGGUAAAAGAGUCGACGAAAUGGCAGAGAUACUUGACCAAUUUUUUCAGAGUUGUUACAAUUGGUAUGAUCCCCAUUGCUAUGUCUGUACCAUCGUGUUUGAGCUUGUAUUGGGCAACUAGUAGUGCAUUUGGUCUUUUCCAAAAUCUAAUCUUGUUGUCUCCGAAGUUACGUCGUUUUGCAAAAGUGCCUAUAACUACAUCCGAGUCACUACAUCCAUACUUGGGGUUACGCAACAAAAUAGCAGCUAAAUGUCGUUUCGAAAGGAAAGUGGAAAUCCCACCAAAGAUAUAAUAUGUUUCGUUAAUCACUUAUACAAAUAAAUCACAAGGCCUGUAAGUUAUUAAUCCUAUAAGUUAGAAUAAAACAAAUAUACCUAUUU